AUGUCGGCUGCGACGCGGUUGACAUUCUUGUACCCGCAUCUGCUGCGGGCAACUUCCAGAGCUCAACCGCAGCAAUGGGCCGCGACCGCGAGCAACCGCGUCGCUUUGGCAGCUGCCAACUCUAGACGCUCCAUACAUGCCCUGAAGCGCGACAAGAGCUCGUUUGCGCCGAGACACGGCAAAGCUGUGGCGCCAGAGCAGUGGGAAGAGCAGAAGGAGCAGCCAAAAGACAGUGCAGCCGCCACCGAAAACGGCGCCACCACCACGGACAAGAAAGCUGGCGAGGGUGACCCCGCUACCGCUGGAGAUGACCAGCUUGCGCAGGCCGACACGGUGCCCACGAAGCCCGAAGCAGCAGCACCCAAGGCAAAGACUGAAGAAGGGGGCGCGACACCUGACGUGAUCCUGGCGGCGGCACCGCAAGCGCCGCCUGCCGCGCAAACGGCGACAGCGGCAACACCGAGCGAAACAAAAAAGGAGGGCAGCGAAUCGGGAAAGCCAGCGCAGACGACAGAUAGCAGCAGAGAGCCGACGGCCGAGGAGACAAAGGCUGCGCAGGCCAAGGAGGCGGCGAAAUCGAGCGGGCCCCUCGAAGCUGUCCUGCACAUGCAGCCGCCGGAGCACAUUGCGCAGCAGCACCCGUCCAUGUCGCCACCGCCGUAUGAACAUCACUUUGACAGCUACUCGCUCGUCAAGCAGCUCGAGGAGGGCGGAUACACGCCACAGCAGGCGGUGACGUCGAUGAAGGCCGUUCGAAAGUUGCUUGCCAAGAACCUCAACGUCGCGCAGCAGAGCCUCGUGAGCAAAAGCGAUGUUGAAAAUGAAACGUAUUUGUUUUCGGCCGCUUGCUCGGAGCUCAACACCGAAGUAAAGAACAACAGGCGCAUUGCGGAGGAGGAGCUGCGCCAGCAGCGGACCCAUCUUCAACACGAGGUGGACAUCCUGACGCAGUCGCUCAACCAGGAGAUUGCGACGCUGAAUGACACUGUCAAGGGGAUGUACAACGAUCGCAAGCAGGCUGUGCGAGAGGAGCAAAAGGCUAUGGACAGCGCUAUUCAAAAAAUCAGCUACAAGAUCAGCAUCGACCUUACAUCCGACGCCAAGACAGACAUUGAAGGCGUGCGAUGGAUUCUCAUCUGGCGCUCUGUUCUCGGCAUCAUAUUCAUGGCCUUUUUGACUCUAGGCACCCUGCGACUCGCCACAUACGAGAAGCAGCGCAAGCAGGAAGAGGAGCGCGUGCGCAAGGUCGAGGAGGGCAAGCGCCGCGCCGAGGAAGCCAGGCUGCGCCGGGAGGACGAGAAGCAGCGUCGUAGGGAAGACGAGAAACGCCGCAAGGAGGAGGACGAUACCCGCAAAGAAGAGGAGAGGAAGCGUAAGGAGUUCCAGGAGCUGCAGCGCCAGGAGGACGAGGAGGAACUCAAGCGCUACGGCCCACGCAACGGCACCAGCGACGGUAGCCCUUCGGCCAAGGCGGUGAAUGAUGUGGAAAGCUUGUCUGCUAAUUAG